AUGGAUGCAUCAUCACCUUCAACAUCAAAAAUUUUACAUCAAACUCAAUUAAAAAAAUAUUUUGUUGCAGCUAAUGGUGGACAUGAAUUAACAACUGUUGUUGAACCAAAUACAAAAACAUAUUUAAGUGCGACCGAAACAACAGGUAGUGGUAGUGAUGAUGAAAAUAUUACACCACCAUGGCAUAAUGAAACAACAAUGACAAUAUCUGCAACACCAGAAAAGAUUAAAAAAACACAACAACGAAAAGCUAAAUCUAUAAAAAAAUCAUUAAUAGAAGAAGAAGAAGAAGAAGAAGAUGAUGAAGAAACUAAAGCUUAUAAACAACGACUUAGAAAUCAACCACGUAAAGUUUAUAAUGAUGAUGAGCCAAAACUUAAACAAACAAUUAUUGAUGUGGGACAAAAAAUGCUCGAUGCUAUUAUAUGUAAACGUUGUGGUAUGGCUUAUUUUCCACAUUCAGCUGAAGACAAAGCAGCUCAUGCGAAAUAUCAUAAUUAUACAACAUCUGCUAUACGUUUACGUAAUCUUAAGCAUCAACAUAUAUUACAACAAUUUCUUGAUGGAAGUAUUUAUAUGAUUGGUUGCACAUCAGCAUCAACUGAACAAAAAAAAGCUGAACAUGUUAGAGAAUUAAUUGAUAAUGAAUUAGGCAUUACAACACCAUUUAAUUGUUUAUGGAGUGAAACAAAAGUAUAUUUUUAUAUUGAAGAUUGUACUGAUAUUGUUCUUGGUUAUUGUCUUGCACAUAUUGUUCAUCGAGUUCAUAUACUUGAUUUAAAUGAUGAAUCAAAUAUUGAUACACAAACUGAAAUGAAUAAAAUGCUUUGUGGUAUAGCUCGUAUUUGGGUACAUCCUGAUCAUCGUCGAGCUCGUGUUGCAACAAAAUUACUCGAUUGUGUUCGGUAA